GAGAUCCACAGCAGGGUGGCCGUCAGUGAGGGCGGCUUUGUUUUUUUGGAUGGGGACAGCUCGUAUGACAGGAAGUGGAAAUAGCGUUCAAAUUGGAGUGCUGUGGUUGUCCAGAGGCUUAAAUUAUUCUAGUCAUUUUAUACCAUCCAUGCUUUACUGUGAGUCUGCCGGGAGCGUGAUGAAGUAAAUAUCUUAUAUGAUGUAUAUAAUGUAUUUCUGCGCAGCGGUGUGUUAAACAGCCUUCCGACUCACUCGUGUUAUGAUAUCACUAUUGGCCCCUGCUGAUUUGUAUGAAUUUUGCUACUUAAGCAAAAAGGAUUAUAAAAAAAAAAAGUGACUGCUCUGGCAUGCUCAUUUGGGAUUUGGGGAAGGGGUUUGCUGACGUCACUCGUAGGUGGCCUCCUGCAGCUGUUCUGACGUCACGUGCGAGCAUCACACACAGGAGUGGGCGUGACACGCCCACACGCACAACAGCAAUGCAAUGAAUCAUCCCUGUGAAAGAAAUGGUGUGCAAACCCCAAUUCCGAUGUUGGGACGGGUGUUGUUAAAAGGAAAAGCUAAUGUAACACAGUGGUAAACAUGACUGUUUCCCAGUUUUUUUUAUUUUAUUUUAUUUUUUUGGUAACGUUGCAGGCGUCAAAUUCAAAAUGCGUAAAUAUUUGCAAGAAAACAAUAAGGUGGGAUGAGUUGGAGCAUAAAAUACCUUGUCUUUGUAGUGUAUUGUGUAAUUGAAUAUACUGAACAGUAGCUUGAAAAGGAUUUGCAAAUCAUUGUAUCCUGUUUUUGUUCACGUUUUACGUCCCAACUUCAUUGGAAUUGGAGUUUGUAAAACCAAUCCGUGGGUUUUGACGUAUUGUCACGCUCCUCGUGCUUUCCCUGAGGGACACCAUAACUACCAUGUGGCCCGUGAUAAAGCAGGUGUGACACGCCUGUCCCACAGUAUGUGACCAAAACGAGCUCCUCUCAGCUCUCCUCUCCAUCAUCAUCAUCAUCAUCAUCAUCAUCAAGUGUAAAGGUAUUAAGAAAGCUGUGUGCAGCGCACUCAUCCUGCCUGUGUCUCCCUGUGCUCUUCCUCCUCACAGCAUGUCCUCCUGAUCGACUUGACGUGACAGUGCUGACCUGGAUAACUUGCUGAGCCUGUGCGCCGCACUGAGGGAGGCCUCGGUACAGACAGCUGUGUUUAGCAGCACACUCGCGCAGUCUGCAGCUUGAAGGGUAUCAGCAGCAUCCCCAUCCCCGUCCCUCCUCCUCAGACCGCACUCAUCAUGACGGACCCCAGCCUCACAUCGCCCUCUGCGACGCCGCUUCGAUCCCCCGAUGCCCCGCUCACCGUGUCCUUCCCCUUCCUGAGGGAAGGCAGUCGGGUUUGGGAGGAAAGGGGGGAGCAGGCGCUACCAAGGGAACUCCCCAGCCCCCUGCCAACCAAACGUACUCGCACAUACUCAGCCACCGUCCGUGCUCACUCGGGUCCGGUGUUCAAGGGCGUUUGUAAGAACUUUUCAAGGUCGCAGGGGCACGGGUUUAUCCGACCCAGCCGUGGCGGCGAAGACAUCUUUGUUCACAUCUCAGACAUCGAUGGGGAAUACGUUCCCGUUGAGGGGGAUGAGGUCACAUACAAAGUGUGCAGAGUCCCCCCGAAGAACCUGAAGGUGCAGGCGGUGGAGGUGAAGAUAAUUCAUCUGAACCCAGGCACGAAACACGAGACCUGGUCCGGGCAGAUCAUCAGUUCUUAGGUUCGAGCUCCGUGACCGUGGAUGUAGGUGACGGGUGGUGUAGAUCGAGGGACUGAAAACGUACGUCAUGCGCAUGUUUCCUUUUACGUUACAGUUUUACCCACCCGUUAACCACUGCUCCUCCACUUAACUGUAAUGGUGCCAAGCAUGGUUCCUUACCUUAGAUUUAGCAUACCAAGUAUACUUCCUUUCCUGAUACUUAAGGUACAAAAUAUUGUUCCUGGUACUUAAGCUAAACUGCAAGGGGAUAGAGGAAACGUGAAUAUAUAUGUUACGAGUCAUAAAUAUUUGAGCAUUAAAACAGGAAAAAGUAGGUUACUUUAAAUGGAUGGUAGCAUUAAUGAGUCUUUGUCAGGACUAAUUCUGUUAUUUGCAGAAAAAGAAAGGAGGACUCAAGCAGACACACAACAUGCAUAGCAAACAUUUUACUGUUAAAUGGAAAAGCACUGCAAGUAUUUUCUGUUGUUUUAUUGUCUCGUGCUCAUUUCCUUUCAUCAUUUAACUGUUGAUCUUCUGUCGUAUCAAGUGAGGGAAAAUGUGAACGUCCACUAGCACAAAAUAAGAGCAAUCGUGUUCCGCUCAUUUUGCUGUUGUGUUGAAAACCGUACAGCGUAUGGAGCCAUGAACUGACUGAAAUCCUCCUUGUGUGUGUUUUUUGUAUGCUUAGUCUUUAUGAUAGUGGACUACAUGACUUUGUAGUUGGCCAUUGUUACUGAACUGUUGUUUGUAUUGUAGAACUUCAGGUUGUGAUCAGUUAUAUUGUGUUCUGACUGUACUACGACCUCUUAACCUUUCUGUCUAUGGCACUGCCUGAAACGUCAAUAUAGGAUUUGGAUCAUCUUUGUCACCUCAUUUUAUUUGUUCCUUUGUUGGUGGCUUCUACUGAGCCUUGGAAUUACAUGAAACCAAUUGAUGAUUCAAAGUUUGUCUCUUGUUUUCUUUCAUGGUGGGGACUUGAGGGAAGAAGUUUCACAAUAUUGCUGUAAAGUGGUCUCAAGAUACCCUCCACUCCUAACUUCAGAUUUGUGAAAAGUGGGGAAAAAAAUACUUGACUAAUUCCCAAUUAGCCAGUUCACCUGUGGGAUGUUCCAAACACGUGUUUGAUGAUCAUUCCUCAACUUCCUCAGUCUUUUUUGCCACCUGUCCCAACUUUUUUGGAACGUGUUGCAGCCAUAAAAUUCUAAGUUAAUGAUUAUUUGCUAAAAACAAUAAAGUUGAUCAGU